AUGAGCACCCUUGCACCUCGCACACUGUACGAGCGCUACCAGAAGAAAAAGUACAUGAAACUCCGCUCAAAGAAGCAGCAACAGCAACAACAACAACAACAGGCGCCUCUUGAAGUGACGCCUCCUCAGCAAACGAACGAGCAACUGCGCGACCCGAACACAACGUACUGGGACCUGUUUUUAUCGAGUCGUAUCGCCGCAGGAGCAAACGGAGCUUUGACAGGCAAGAAGCCUGCCCCAACCGCAUCGGGUGAGGGUGCCGCUGCCAGCGGCCUGCGCAACCGGCGCCCGGUGGCUGCGGCUCGCUCGGGACAGAACACGGGCCGAGGAAUGGGCGGCAGCUCUGCCGGCAUCCUUCGCUUCUACACGGACGACUCUCCUGGUCUCAAGAUUGGCCCCACGACGGUGCUGGUGAGCUGCCUCAUGUUCGUGGGCUUCGUGGUGCUGCUGCAUGUGUGGGGCAAGUUCCGCGGCUAG